AUGAGCCGCCGUUCCUCGCCAGCGCCGCUGGAUGACGGCGACCUCCUGGAGGAGAUCCUGCUCCGCCUGCCUCCUAAGCCGUCGUCCCUCCGCAGCGCCUCCCUUGUCUGCAAGCGCUGGCGUGGCAUCCUCGCCGACCGUCGAUUCGUCCAACGCUUCCGCAAGCACCACCGGAAGCCUCCUCUGUUGGGCUACUUCGUCAAAAAAUAUAAAGGGGCUAGCUUCACUUCGAUGUCAGACUUCACCCUCAUUACGAGCUCCAUCCCUCGUCUUCGCCACCUCAACCUCGUCUACUGCCGCCACGGUGUUGCCCUUUUUCUUGAUGCACUCUGCGAGAUCCUCGUGUGGAACCCCAUCACCAAUGUCCAGUGCCACGUGGCUUUUCCGCGGGGGCUCAACCAUGACCCGGUUUGCCGUGUCGAGACUGCCGCGGUGCUCUGCUCCGCCUCUGACAAUCUUCUGGUGCAGGGCGAAUUUAUGCUAGUAUUAGUUGGGUACUAUCCUAACCAAGCAAAGGCAUUCACAUGUCUCUACCAAUCCAAGUCUGGUUUAUGGGGAGAAAUUAUGUCAACACCGGCUCGAUGUUCAGUUUACAGGAACAGGACCAGCGUCCACGUUGGAAAUACACUUUGUUGGUUGCUUUAUACCACCGAAAUUUUUCAGUUUGAUUUUGAAAGGCAGACAUUUGCCGUGAUUGAAAAGCCGUCAGGCGCCUAUGCUGGCGUCAACUGCUGGCAUUUUCAGCCUUUACAAACAGAGGAUGGUGGCCUUGGCCUAGCCAGGCGCCACAAGAAGAUGAAGGUCUUGGAUCAAAGAAGUGACCCCUGCUACAUUGCUGAUGCUACAGACUGA